UGAAAUAAAAAUGGGAUAGUUAUGUUCUAAAAUAUGUGAUAAAGGCUAAUCAAAAAAAUAAACGGCUGAAGACAUAAAUAAUGAGACAAUAAAUUUAAUAAAUAAUUAAUAAAAAACUCAAAUAUAGCAAUAAACAAGUAUACGUAACAUUCGACCAAACUAAAAUUAACCAAAAUAAAAUAUAAAUAUAAACGAAAUCGGAACGUCUAAAAAAUCUGAAGAAAAACAAUAAGUAAAUUAUAAAGAUUUUUAAAAACUAAAUGAUUUAGGAGAAGGAGCUUUUGGGAAUGUUAUUUUAGUGAAAAAAAUAAGCAAUGGUAAAAAAUUUGCUAUGAAAAUAAUAAAAAAAUCAAAAAUAAUGGAAUAAAGUUUAAACAGAAAAAUGUUAAUAGAAAAAAAUGUCCUUUUAGAAAAUAAACAUCCAUUUCUUGUAAGAUUAAAAUAUUCAUUUUAAACAGAAAAAAAACUAUAUUUAGUCAUGGAAUAUUGUACAGGAGGUGAAUUAUAUUCUUAUGUAGUUAGAUAUAAAAAAUUUACUUUAGAAAUAUCGAAAUUUAUAACUGCUGAAAUAGUAUUAGGAUUAGAAUAUUUACAUGAUAAAAUGAAAAUUAUAUAUAGAGAUUUAAAACCUGAAAACAUAUUAGUUUCUGAAGAUGGACAUGUUAAAAUUACUGAUUUUGGUUUGGGAAAAAAAAUGGAUAAUUAAGAUUAAUUAACAUAUACAUUUUUAGGUACUCCUGAAUAUAUUGCACCAGAAAUUAUUAUUUGUAAAUAAUCAAAUGAUUAAAAGGGAUAUACAAAUAAAUGUGAUAUUUGGUCUUUUGGUAUUCUCCUUUUUGAAUUGAUUAGCGGAUAACCUCCUUUCACUCAUCCUUAAAGAAAUUGGAAUAUUAUUAUGAAAUAAAUUUUGGCAAAUAAUCCUGUUUUCCCCAAAGAAUUUAGCCCAGAAGCUAAAGAUUUGAUUCUCAAAUGUUUAAAUAAUGAACCAAAAGAUAGACCUAGUUGGGUAGAAAUAAGAGCACAUCCGUUUUAUGAAACUAUUGAUUGGGAAAGACUUUAUAGUAAAUAAUACGAAAGCCCUUUGAAAUAAUACAUAUAGAAAAGUAAAUAAAAACUUUAAAGGCCGAAACCAAUAAUGGAAACUCCAGCUAACGAUCCUAUGGAUUUACCAAAUAUAAAUGGAUUUACUUAUGAUCCCUAAACUUUACCACAUAAAAUUUCUUUUAUGUAAUGA